CCACCCUCUCCACACACUCCGCCCCUUCGUCUCCGCCUCCGGCUGUUUCUCCAGCUACCCGCUUGCCGGAGCUCCCAAAUCUCCCCUUAUACAGCAUAUAUCCUUCCCUCCAAAGCCUAGCUAGCUAUAUCCUCGGCCUCACGUGUAAAAUACAGUAGUAUUCUUCGUGACUCGUGAAGCUACCGGCCGGUGUUAGGAAUAGGAUCGUCGUCGUGUCCAUCGACGGUGGAGUGGAGUGAAGGAUGGUCGACAAGGAUCGGUACUGAGGAGAAGACAGCGGCGAUCGUGGACGCGGCUAAAUGUACCGCAAGAACAAUUCGGCACUCUCCUGCUUCUACCUUUACCUCCUCUGGUUCUUCUUCCUGAAAAAGUAGGAGACCAAGCGACCGAUUCAGCGAGCUAGUGAUCUUGGAGAUUUAUCGAGAUUGCUCGAGCUUGAUAGAUAUAUAGAUACUGAUUGGUUCCGAGUGUGGAAGUAGUCAUCUUGGAGAUGGAACAGCUGGAUCUGAACGUGGAGGAGAAGCCGGCGGCAGCGGCAGCGGCACGGAGCGACUCCGGGACGUCGGAGUCGUCGGUGCUGAACGCGGAGGCGUCCGGCGGCGGAGGGACGGCGCCGGCGGAGGAGGCCUCCAGCUCGACGCGCCAGCCGGCGCCGGCGCCGCGGGAGGUGCUCGAGUUCAGCAUCUUGAAGAGCUCGACGCCGUCGGCCGAGGGCGAGAACGACGUGGGCGGCGCCGGCGACGAGGACGACGAGGAGGAGGCGACGCCAUCGCCUCCGCCGCCGCGGCAAUACUACCACCAGCAGCACAUGCCGCAGCCGCAGCAACUGGUGACCCGCGAACUGUUCCCGGCCGGCGGUGCCGGCGCGCCGCUGCUCCCGGUGCAGCAGCAUUGGGCCGAGCUCGGCUUCUUUCGCCCGGCGCCGCCGCCGCAGCUGCAACCGGACAUCAGGUACCUGCAACAGGCGCACGCGCCCCCGCCCCCGCCUCCGGCAGCUGCGCCGCCGCCAGCCAAGAAGAGCCGGCGGGGGCCGCGGUCCAGGAGCUCGCAGUACCGCGGCGUCACCUUCUACCGCCGCACUGGCCGCUGGGAAUCCCAUAUUUGGGAUUGCGGCAAGCAGGUGUACUUAGGUGGAUUCGACACUGCUCAUGCUGCUGCAAGGGCGUACGAUCGGGCGGCGAUCAAGUUCCGCGGCGUCGAAGCCGACAUAAACUUCAACCUCAGCGACUACGAGGACGACAUGAAGCAGAUGAAGGGCUUGUCCAAGGAGGAGUUCGUGCACGUGCUGCGGCGGCAGAGCACAGGCUUCUCGCGCGGCAGCUCCAAGUACAGGGGCGUCACCCUGCACAAGUGCGGCCGCUGGGAGGCGCGCAUGGGACAGUUCCUUGGCAAGAAGUACAUAUAUCUUGGGCUAUUCGACAACGAAGUAGAGGCUGCAAGGGCUUACGACAAGGCGGCGAUCAAAUGCAACGGUCGAGAAGCCGUGACCAACUUCGAGCCGAGCACGUAUGAGGGGGAGCUGCUCACUGAAGUUGCUUCUCAAGGCGCAGACGUCGACCUCAACUUGAGCAUAUGUCAACCAUCUACCCAGAGUCCCAAAAGGGAUAAGGGCAGCCUUGGUCUGCAACUCCACCAUGGAUCGUCUGAAGGCUCUGAACUAAAGAGACCAAAGGUCGAUGCUCCCCCUGGGCUAGUCUCGCUCCCUCAUCGAUACCCCCUUCUGACCGAGCAUCCACCAAUCUGGCAUGGCCAAUCAUAUCCAGUAUUUAUAAAUAAUGAGGAUGCAGCCAGAGAUCUUAGCAGAAGGCCAGAGGUGGGCACAGCGGGUGUUCCAAGCUGGGCAUGGAGGGUGAGCCACCCUCCUCCUGCGCUACCCUUGCCACUCUUCUCGUCGUCAUCGUCCUCUGCAGCAUCAUCAGGAUUCUCCAAAACCGCCACCGCAACAGCUGCCCCAGCCACCCCAUCGGGCUCAUUCCGGUUCGACCCGAUGGCACCAUCAUCAUCGUCAAGCCACCAACAGCACAACCGUCGCUGAAAAUAAUCCAAACUGUAAAUUUUCGGGAAGCCGGUAUCUUUUUUCCCUUCCGGCAUUUCAGCGUUUUCGGUCUUGUGCCGGUGUGGUUUCUUGUAGUGGUUCAUGACUGUAUUUUCCACGCUGCCCAAGUGAAAUGUUGCUUCUCAUCA